AUGAAGUGGACAUUGGCUUCACUCGUGGCUCUUUCCGUGCCGGUCAUUGCAUCGGAUUGUCACUGUUUACCGGGUGAUACUUGCUGGCCUGCUCCAUCAGCUUGGGCCUCACUGAAUUAUACAGUUGGUGGUCGUCUGAUUGCGACCGUGCCAAUUGGAACUCCCUGCCAUGCACCAAACUACGAUGCUGCCGCCUGUGCAGCGCUCAAGGCAAAUUGGACAAAGCCGGAGCCCCACCUUGAAUCCUCUUCGUCGGUGAUGCAGACGUACUUUGCUAACCAGACGUGCGAUCCAUUCACCGCCAAGUCCAAGCCAUGCCUCCUCGGCAACUAUGUGAACUACGCUGUGAACGUCUCUUCCAGUGACCAUGUCGUUGAGGCUGUGAAUUUUGCCCGCGAGAACAACAUUCGAUUCGUUAUUCGUAACACCGGCCAUGAUUAUCUUGGUCGUUCAACCGGUGCCGGUGCCCUCUCUGUAUGGACUCACCACUUGAAUGAUAUCGAGUACAAGGACUGGUCGAGUCCGACCUACCAGGGUCCCGCCUUCAAGGUUGCUGCCGGUGUGGUUGGUUACCAGAUCCUCGAGGCCGCAUCUGCCAAAGGCUUCGUCGUUGUCACUGGCGAAUGCCCUACCGUCGGUCUCGCCGGAGGCUAUACACAAGGCGGCGGUCACUCUGCCCUCAGCACCAAGUUUGGCCUCGGAGCUGAUAACGCCCUGGAGUUCGAGGUUGUCACCGCUGCGGGUAAGCUGGUCAAGGCCUCGCGAUCUGAGAAUGUCGAUCUUUUCUGGGCACUGAGCGGCGGUGGCGCCGGCAACUACGGUGUUGUUAUGUCCAUUGUUGUCAAAGCAUAUAAAGAUGCGCCCAUUGCCGGUGCUACUCUUCAGUUUACCGCAGCAAAUAUCUCCACCGACACCUUCUACGAGGCCGUUUCGCAGUUCCACUCUCUUUUGCCUGCCAUGAUCGACCAGGGCGUUACUGUCAUUUACCAGAUGACCUCGAGUGCUUUCAUCAUCAACCCCAUUACAGCCUACAACCAGACCACUGAUGACGUGAAAGCCAUUCUCAAGCCAUUCGCCUCGAAGCUUGCCAGGCUCAACAUCAAAUACAAAGCCAGUUUCACCAAGUCCGACUCGUACUACGACCACUACAACAAGUACAUGGGCCCACUUCCCUGGGGUAACCUAGCGGUAGCCAACUUCCAAUACGGCGGACGUCUAAUUCCCCGCAAGACCCUCGAGCAGAACCCCCACGGGAUGGGCUCAGCACUGCGCAACUUGACCCAAGCAGGCGUGAUCGCCGUCGGAGUCGGGAUGAACGUCUCUGCCCCGGUCAACGUCUCGAACGCAGUAUUCCCAGCCCUGCGCAACGCAGCAGUAACGAUGCAAAUCGGCACACUGUGGAAUGAGACCGCGCCAUGGUCCCAGAUGAUCGCAGACCAAUACAAGAUGACGACUGAAUACGUGCCUCAACUCGAGGCCGUCACGCCGGACAGCGGCUGUUACCAAAAUGAAGCGAAUUUCCGCCAGCCGAACUGGAAGCAUACUUUCUUCGGAAACAAUUAUCCCCGUCUGCUCGCUAUCAAGCGCAAGUGGGAUCCUUCGUCGUUUUUCUAUGCCCUCAAGGCUGUUGGUAGUGAUGUCUGGUCCGUGUCUGACUCCGGGCGGAUGUGUCGGGUUUAG